AUGAAGGAGAGGCGGCGGCGAGACAAGAUCAGCGAUGGGUUGCGGCAGCUGAGGCAAGCACUUCCCGCCAUGCUGCUUGGGCCGCGGCAGGACAUGGCGUCGAUGAUUGAGGCAGCCAUUCAGCACAUUGGCAAUCUCGAGUCCCGCAUCCAGGAAAUAGAGGCCGACGAGGAUGGGGAUGGAGGGGAAAGGGGUUCUCAGAAGAAGGAAACUGUGAGUGGAUGUGAGAUGCCUGGGAGCGGGCUUCGGGAUGUGAAGGCGGAGGAAAUGGAAGAAGACACGGAAAGCAGCUAUGAAAAUGAGGAAGAUGCAGACAACGAUGAUGGACACGAUUCACGCAUCAACAUUUAA